CCGUACUGACUUCACUGCCUUGACGACUUUCGUCCUCACUCACUCUCUCUCUAUCUCUCUCUCUCUCUAUAUAACACAUAUAGUUGUAUAUAUUUAUACAGUCUCGUCUCACAUUCUCUCUCAUCCAGUCAUUUCUCCGGAGAUGCUUGUUGGUUUUCUCUGCAUUGAAGAUCAAUGGGAGUGAGAGAUUGGCGCUGAACUAUCAAAGAAGACUUGAUGCAAUGAUGGAUCACAAGACAUGGCUUUGGAAGAAAAAGCCUACAGAAAAGGCCUUGGUUACAGCUGACAAAGUAAAUAUGAAAGUAAACAAAGAAGAGAUACAGAGAGAUCUGACAGAAAAAGCAGAACUGGAGAGAGAGCUGAAAAUUUCAAAUGACAAGCUUUCUCUAGCCCUCUCUGACUGUAAAGCCAAAGAUGAUCUUGUAAGAAAACAUGCUCAAAUGGCACAGGAAGCUCUUGCAGGCUGGGAGAGAGCAGAAGGAGAAGCAAUAUCAUUGAAGCAAGAAUUUGAUGAAGUUUUACAUCAGAGAGUAGCUGGUGAAGCAAGAUUAACCCAUAUGGAUGCAGCCCUGAGUGAAUGUAUGCAGCAGUUACGUUUUGUUCGAGAAGAACAGGAGCAAAGGAUUCAUGAUGCUGUGAUGAAGACAUCAAAAGAAUUUGAAAAAAGGAGUCUUGUUUUAGAGCAAAAGUUAGCGGAGACCACUAACCAACUUGCCAAAUUAGGUGCUCAAAAUAGUCAGCUCAGCAAUGCUCUUACAGCAAAGGAAAAAAUGAUCGACAAUUUAAAUGUUCAGAGAACUCAGGCAGAAGCAGAUUUUAAUGCCCUGAUGACUAGAUCAGAAUCUACAGAAAAAGAGAAUGCUUCUCUUAAAUAUGAGGUUAGGGUGCUUGAGAAGGAACUUGAGAUUCGGAAUGAGGAGAGAGAAUUUAAUCGUCGAACAGCUGAUGUAGCACACAAGCAGCACUUGGAAAGUGUGAAGAAAAUUGCAAAAUUGGAAUCGGAAUGUCAGAGGUUGCGUGUCCUUGUGCGAAAGCGGUUGCCAGGUCCGGCUGCUCUGUUAAAAAUGAAGAAUGAAGUUGAACUGCUGAGCAGAGAUCCAGCUGAAACGAGGAGGAGAAAGUCUCCUUCUCCAACUGCUUCAAUGGACUUUUCUGACAAUGACCCUGAUACUCUCAGCAAAAGAAUCAAUUUUUUGACCGGGCAAAUAUUUGCCAUGGAAGAGGAAAACAGAAAUCUCAAAGAAACCCUAAAUAAGAAAACGAAUGAGCUCCAAUUGUCUGGGAUCAUGUAUGCUCGUGCGACUUCCAGAUUGUCGCAAGUUGAGGCGCAGCUUGAAGAAACAUCUAAAGGUCCAACAAUUACGGAAGCAGCAAGAAGUCUACCAACACAACAAGAAAUCUCUUUUGCAUCAAUGUCUGACAUGGGCAGCGAUGACAAAGUUAGUUGUGCUGAAUCAUGGGCUUCUGCUUUGAUUUCAGAAUUGGAGCAUUUCAGAAAUGGAAAACAAACAGGGACACCAUCGCGCAAGACUGCUGGAGUUUCAGACAUAAAUCUGAUGGAUGACUUUGUUGAGAUGGAAAAAUUAGCAACAGUAUCUGUGGAUAAGCCAGUUGGAAGUUCUCAUCUUACUUCAGAUGAAGGUAGUGAGAUUGUUGGUACCUUGGAAACUCAGUCAGGUGGGGGUUGCUCUACAAAACCUCCAGAUAACUCUCUAUCGAUGAAUUCAUUUGACAAAGUAAUCAGUGAAGAUAUCUCACCAGAAAAGAAGACAAAUUUGACUAAUUCAAUAUGUAAAAUAAUUGAGCUUAUUGAAGGGAUCAGCUUACCAUCUCCAGACUAUGGUUCCCUAGAAACCUUGUCUGGGAAGGAUGGUAACUUUUUCCCUUGCAAGAAUUUAGAAGCACCUACAGGCUACACGGUUCGUGUUUUCCAAUGGAAAACUUCGGAACUUGGCACCGUUUUACAGCAAUUUGUUCAAACUUGUAAGGAUUUGUCAACUGGAAAGACACAGGUGGAAAAUUUUGCUGAAAAUUUAACUUCUGCUUUGGACUGGAUUAUGAAUCACUGCUUUUCCAUUCAAGAUGUUUCAAGCAUGAAGGAUGAAAUCAAAAAGCACUUUGAUUGGGAUGAAACACGUAGUGAGAGUGAGAUAGAAGGUGGAAUGAUUAGUCAAUUUUCAGAUGCAGAUAAAUUACGUUUUCCCAAAGAAGAGUUGUCGUAUCUGCCCAUUGUUUCUGCUUCGCACCAUAACUGUCUGUUCCAAUUGGAAGAACUUCAGCCUGAUGUGAUGGAAGAUAGCAAAAGAUUAAAAGAUCAGUUGGCCAAUAUGGAAUCUGCAAAGGAGGACCUGGAAGGGAGACUGCAGUCAGAGAUUGAUAAGAGCGAAGCAUUGGCAAUGCAACUCCGAGAAUUAGAAAAAACUAUUGAAAGCUUGCGAACCGAGUUAGAAACUUUAGAGAAAUCAAAGGUGACAAUUGAGGAUCAAAUUGAGUGUCAUAAGCUGGUGAACAAAGACCUUGAUACACAGCUUGCUGUUGCAAGAGCUGAAUUGGACGAGGCCAGCCAGAAAUUUUUGUCUCUAGAAACAGAACUGCUGAAUGAAAAUAAAUGUUCUGAAGAAUUGAAGGCUACAUGUCUUGACCUACAACUCCAGCUGGAAAGUGUGACAAAGAAAGAAAUCUCAAAGAAUGAUAUGGAUCGAGAAGAAAAGCAAUUAAGAACUGAUUGGGAGAUCACUGCAGCAUCAGAAAAGUUGGCGGAAUGUCAAGAAAAUAUUCUAAAACUGGGAAAGCAGUUGAAGGCGUUGGCUUCACCGAAUGAUGCUGCCUUCCUUGACAAGGUCAUCUCUAGCCCCACUGAGACUACCACCACCGCGGCCACCCCCAAGAAGGGCAUCAGCCGGCGGAACUCUCUACUAGAUAAAAUGCUGGCCGAGGAUAAUGCUGAAUCCGGAUACCUAAAAUCUCCCAUGACCAAGGAAGUUAUUUGCAUUUCAGACCCCGUAAAAUCCCCCAGUCUCCAAGAUGGGAAUUCGUUUUCCACCUUCCUACCCAGUGCAACAACGGAUCCUCCAGAAACAAUUCCUAAUUCGAACGGGAUUAAAGGCCAUGGCAAUGAAGAUUUGUUUGGUUCUUUGGCUAUUGUGUCUCGCAAGAAAAAGGGAGGUAGGGGAUUUUUGAAGAAGCUUUUGUGUAGAAAGGAAGAAAGGUAAAUAGCAAGAGAAGGAUCGGCCCAUGUAAAAGGAAUUCAGUAAAGUGAAAAUAAGCUUGGCAUGCAGGAUUUUGUUGUGGUGACUGUGAUUGUUCGAGUUGUGACACACUUUGGAGUGGGAAAUAAUAUGAUUUGGUUUGAUCUUUCAUAGAGGAGAGAAUUGUGUUGUUUUGUGUGUGCUGCUACUGUAUAUAUAAUUGUGAUAAAAACCGUUGAGAAUUUAAUUUAGUUUUGAAUGGAAAGGCCAUUUUCACGUUUA